CUCCACCGGCACUCUUAGCGUCCCUGUCUCGCGGUUUCUCUAUCACACCCCAUGGCAGUCUCUCGCCAGCCACCCCUAUCUACGUGGUCCGCCGCUCCGGGCGCCGUCGCCGUGGAAGUGACGCUUUGCGCGGCAUCGCCGGGGCGCUCAGUCGGCACCGCGUCCCACCCGCGUCCGCCUCGCUGUGGACGAUCGAGCCGUCGUCGCGCCAUCAGUACGGCCGGAACAUCGCCGACUUGGCUACCUCGUGGCGCGCUGUGACCCCCUGCCGCCCCUGCUUCGGCCCGGAGGAUCGCGCAGAGCAAGUCGGCCCGGAGGAGUCAGCCCGGAGGAGCCGCGGAGGCUCUCGAAUUGGCGGCCGCCGUCAACUAGCCCGCCAAGCCACCUGGACGCCUCGCCGUCCCGCGCUUGGGAAACCGAAACGGUGACAAACCAAGAGGAAAAGGUGCAAACAUGCCGGUCGGCGGACGCGUGGCAGGCAAAGUCGGGAUCUAUAGCUCCCAUUACAAUGGUAAUGUGGACAUGGAUAUCAUUCUAUUAGGGAAAGGAUACAGUGGCAUAAAUGAGGAGAUCAUCUGGAUCAGCAUAGGCAUGGGGAUCACCAUCGCGCUGCUAAUCACCAUCGCGCUAUGCUACAUCGCCCGUGAAAAAUGUUGCAAGCCGCAUGAGGGAUAUUACACGUCCUGACGCAUGCUACCGCCACCCUCGUGGGCGUCCUGGUCGUUUAGUCCGACGAGUCCAGGAAUCAUCUUCAGUCCGACCACGUCGAGAGGCAAGCCGCGGGCUUACUACAUCACCGUUUGAAUUCUUCUAGUCGCUAUCCCGCCCCCUCUCCCUCCCAUCAGCCCUCGACCAUCCAUCUUUCGGGGAGAAAGCCCUGGUAGAGUCUCAUGCGAAGACUGUCAGAUCACGUGAAACACGAAUCAUACGCGCGCUCUCUCGUUUGCGUUACGCAAUUACGCCAUAAUCGCGACGCGGGGCCCGUCUUAACCGAAGAAACACUGCAGAGUUGCGACCAAAGUGCCGGAAAACACGGAAGAAUGACGAGCGUUGUCCCACUGUGCGGAAAUUGACGACAAAGUCGAGACUAAACUUUCCUUUAACGCGAAACUUCGCAUGCGCCCAUACACACACACACACACACACACGCGCGCGCGCAAACGCGAGCGCACACAUGAGCGCACACGUUCGAGCUCGAAUCGAUUAAAAUGAAAAUAGAGAAGAAGAAGAGACGAGACACACAUCGCGAGCAUUAUCGAGAAGCAACGAAGCUGCGGGAUACACACGUUUUAUACACGGACGGAUCGAUUUUGCUCCCUCCCUCCCUCCCUCCCUUCCUCCUUCUAUGCCGCGGACGGGCUUUUAUUACCAAUAUAUAUCCUCUCCGGAGCGCAUUUGGUACAACGUUGACACAAUGCAUUCCCGUCUAAUGUCCCAAUAUCGUGCGUUAUGGGACCGCUGCCAGGGCUUUCCCCACGAAGAUGAUAAUCUUCGCGCCGUUACGCACACCGGGGAGGGAUAAAAUUCUCCGGAGAAAAGGUAGGACGACGACUGCGUCGGCGACGACUACGUCGACGAUGACUUUGAGGCUUCGUGGCUCGAGGUCCUCGUACAAGGACUUGAAAGCUUUUCUUAUCUAAAUGGGAGAGCGCGACUUAUAAUCGGCGGCGCAUACUUGCGAUUCACAGUUCCACAAGCGCGAGACGCUUUUACAAGUAACACUACGCAACUGUCACUCACCGAUUCCAAUGAAAUCUGGC